CGGGCAGCGAGUUAGGUCGCAGCGCGGCGGGGCCGGCUCUCUCACUCGGGAAAGGGGGUGUGAAAAAGAGGGGGGUUUCGGUGUCCGGGGACGUCGGGACACGUUGUAGCGACUGGGGGUGAAGAGCCGCCCACCCCCCUCUUCCCGCAGUGCGUUUAGGGUGUUGGUACGUUCCGCUGCCACCCUCGCCCCCACCCCCCCCCCCCACGCGGACCAUGGGGAACGUGAUGGCGGCCGCUUCCCCGGGGCCCACCGCCUUCACUGUGCCCCCGGGGUUCGCCGUGCCCCCCGUACCACUCGGCCCCGAGCAGCAGCAGCAGUGGGGGGCGGCUGGGCCCGGAGCCCAGGCCGAGGGCAAGCUGCCGAACCCGGGCACGUUCGAAGAAUGUCACCGCAAAUGUAAAGAACUUUUCCCGAUUCAGAUGGAAGGAGUGAAACUCAUUGUGAACAAAGGUCUCAGUAAUCACUUCCAGGUCAACCAUACAGUGUCACUCAGCACGUGAGAAUCCAGCUACCACUUUGGGGCCACUUAUGUCGGCACGAAGCAGCUCAGUCCCACUGAGGUAAGAACAGCUGUCCGCAUUCCAGUGUUGGUCGGAGACAUGGAUAACACGGGCAGCCUGAACGCACAGCUCAUUCACCAACUAACAAACAGAGUUCGGUCGAAAAUGGUGUUACAGACGCAGCAAUCAAAAUUUAUAAACUGGCAGGUGGACUCGGAGUAUCGAGGAGAUGAUUACACAGCAACGCUGACAUUGGGAAACCCCGAUGUUCUCAUCGGAUCAGGCAUCGUUGUGGCUCACUAUUUACAGAGCAUCACCAAGCUGGCUCUAGGAGGGGAACUCGUCUAUCACCGGCGACCAGGAGAGGAGGGUGCAGUGAUGUCUGUCGCUGGCAGGUAUACAGGCAAUAAUUGGAUUGGGACCCUGACACUCAGCCAGGCAGGAGCACACGCCACAUACUACCAUAAAGCUAACGCCCAGUUGCAGGUUGGUGUAGAGCUGGAAGCCAGCUUGCGGAUGCAGGACACCACUGUGACGUUUGGCUAUCAGCUGGACCUCCCCAAAGCAAACCUGCUGUUUAAAGGCUCCGUAGACAGUAACUGGGUCGUUGGCGCGUCUUUAGAGAAGAAGCUGGUUCCAUUACCCCUGACCUUGGCGAUGGGAGCCUUCCUGAACCACAAGAAGAACAAGUUCCAGUGUGGCUUUGGCCUGACAAUUGGGUAACUGCAGUGGGGGCUGCAGUGACGUCUGAGCAAAGGAAGUCCAAAAGCUUUUUCAUUUUUACUGGAAUGUACAGAGACCGUCUCACCUGCGGUCAUUCACUGACGGUACAGCACACACA